UGUGUGGGGAGAGGGAAUUGGGGCAUAAUCUGUAGGGUCUGGUGGAAAGCGAGAGAGGGGAGGGGGUGUGAAAAAAAAUCUCGUCUUCUCGCCUCCUCCCCCCAUACCCCCUCCCACACAUCCCUCCCUCUUUUCAACAGCUUCCAGUGAGGGUCAUUCCUGAAGAUCGGAUGACUUUCCUGCCUGGAAAAUGGCGAGUUUCGAGAGAGGCUUUGGCGGAGCGGCGCUGAGCGCUCUCCUCCUCUCCGCCGCCGCCUUCUGCGCGCUGUCUGUUGCCCAAAGGGCCGAGGAUGGAGGAAAACCGGGAACGGGGGGAGAAGACAAAGACCAGACAUCCUGUCACGGAGCUUUCGACUUGUACUUUAUUUUGGAUAAAUCUGGAAGUGUUAGAAACCAUUGGAUCGAAAUAUAUUCUUUUGUUGAGCUCCUGGCAGAGAAAUUUUUGAGUCCUCAGCUGCGGAUGUCUUUCAUCGUAUUCUCUUCUAGAGGUACGACUCUGAUGAAACUAACCGAAAACAGGGAAACCAUCCGCAAAGGACUUGAAACACUUAAGAGAGAAAUGCCUGGAGGAGACACAUUCAUGCAUGAAGGCUUCAAGAGGGCAACGGAACAGAUUUAUCAUGAGAACGUUUCAGGGAUGCGAGCUGCCAGUGUCAUCAUUGCUUUGACAGAUGGGGAAUUAAUCGACAGAUUAUACGAUUAUGCAGAAAUGGAAGCUAAAAGGGCCAGGGACUUUGGAGCUACUGUUUAUUGUGUUGGUGUGAAAGACUUCAAUGAAACCCAGUUGGCAAAGAUUGCUGAUAGCAUAGAUCAUGUAUUCCCAGUAACAGGUGGAUUCCAAGCAUUAGGAGGUAUAAUUGAUUCGAUCCUAAAGAAGUCCUGCAUUGAAAUUCUUGCAGCUGAGCCAUCGAGUGUCUGCGCUGGGGAAUCCUUUCAAGUUGUUGUACGAGGAAAUGGAUUCUCUCACGCACGGAAUACAGAUCAAGUGCUUUGCAGCUUCAAGAUAAAUGAGACGGAGACAAUAACCGAGAAGCCUCUUGUAGUUGAAGACAAUUACUUACUCUGCUCUGCUCCAGUGAUAGAGGAAACUGGAAAGGUGGUUUAUCUUCAAGUGAGCAUGAAUCAUGGACUAACAUUCAUCUCCAGCUCUGUCAGCAUCACUAGCAUCUACUGUUCUGACGGAACAAUCCUAUUCAUUUCACUGUUGGUCUUGUUGCUGCUCCUGGUGUUGAUGUUGCUGUGGUGGUUCUGGCCUCUGUGUUGCACUGUGGUUAUCAAAGGGCCGCCUCCUCCACUGUUCCCCUCAGAUGACUCUGACGAUGAAUCAAUGCCGAAGAAAAAAUGGCCAACAGUUGACGCAUCCUACUAUGGGGGAAGAGGAGUGGGCGGUAUAAAAAGGAUGGAGGUGCGUUGGGGGGACAAAGGUUCGACAGAAGAGGGUGCAAAACUGGAGAAACCUAAAAACGCCGUUGUCAAAAUGCCAGACCAAGAGUUUGAGCCCCUGGAUCCCAAGCCAUUUAAACGUGGACGGAAACUCCCCCAACAAAGGAAAUGGUACACCCCAGUAAAGGGCAAAUUGGAUGCCUUGUGGGCUCUUUUUCGCAGAGGCUACGAUCAAGUAUCUCUGAUGAGGCCACUGCCUGGGGACAAGGGACGCUGCAUAAACUUCACCAGAGUGAAAGACAACAAAGAUCAAGCUCCUCCGUGCAGCCCUGCUGAACCCGAAAGGCACCCGCCUCUCGUCGAGGACAUCCCUCUAAUCUCCGAACCUCCCAGUCCGCCCGCCUCCCCUGCCGAGCCGCCCACACGGAGGCCGCCACCCGGUCCACCUCCGUCUCGGGCUCCGCCUCCUUCACGACCCCCGCCUCGCCCGGCAGCGAGGACCUGACAUCACCGGCAUCUGCGGUGGUAAAAACAACAAGACAUCCCCAUGAAGAAGAACAGAGACGAGGUUCAAUGGAAAAAUACUACUGGAUCUAGAACCAAAUAUUUAUUGAACUUGCGGGUUUCCUUCAAAGGGUAAUAUCUGUUGCUGUGCAGCAAGAGUUUCCAUCUGAAGAUCCUUAUUCGGUGAAAAACCUUCCCUGGAGUCAAAGACGAUGUUGUUUGCACCUGAUGUACUUAUUUGUUUGUUUGGGCGGCAGGAACACACAUGGUUGGAAGGGGAGAUCGGGAUUGUAUGUAAUGGUGCUUGCAUUUCUUUUUAAUGCUUUAUCAAACUGCACAAGAGCGAAUGUUUACCCGGCUUCUGCAGAGUUUUAAAAAAAUUAGUUGAUCGGUUUAAAAGUUGGUCCAAGCAAAAUAUCGGGGUGAAUAAGACUCAAAUGUACAGCGCAGUCGGAACUCAGAUCAUCUACACUGAUCGUAACAAUUUGAUUGUUAGUUUUCUAAAUUCAGAAGGUAAAUUGUUGGCGAGUUUGUCACAUUUGCAUCGUGUUUUGUGUUGGGUGAGACUGUAGUAACUGACCAUCAGCUUCAAGCUGAACAGGAAUCCUGCUUGUACUCAUACCUAAAGGCAAACGGUAUGUCAAAAGGAAACCAUAGCCAGUGAGCGGAGCCAAGUGUGUAAUUAAUGUACAAUAAUUAAAGCCAGAGGCUAGUUGACCCAUGGAUGACUUUUGAAAGUUGCUGGUUGAUGCCAUUUGACAUUGAUUGACCCGGCAAAUGAUUAAUUCGCAGAACUUGGGAGCCGUUACUUCAAUUAGACUUAAUUCUUGGCCAGUCAUGAAUGUUAAGAUGUUGGCAGUGGGUGG